CCUGUGUUUUUGCUUUCUCUUCUUCCAUUUCUCUCUCAGACUCCGUGUUGUGGCGGCAGUCGCCAUGAGGAUGUGAUGCAUGAGCGCGAUCUCGUGCAGCCACUGGAUCGGCGCGAUCUCCACGCCGGCGCCCCGCCGGUGAUCGAAAUCUCGGGAUUCUAGAGGUGAUUUUAGGGUCUGGCGCAGCGAUUCCCAGCGCCGGAGCAGGGUUCUUGUUCUUAGGGUUUUCCAGGCGACGCGAAUUCGCGGACGAAUUGCGGGGAAGCGUGUCCUGGCCUCUGGAUUUAUGACCACUAAUCAGGCGAAGGCGGAUCCAGUUGAAUCGCAGCUCAAGAGAGGAGGAAGCGGCCGUGGAGGAGCUGCUGUGUAUCGAGCGACGCAGGGAUCAGCAAAGGGUGGAGGCGCAGGGGGGCCUGGCCCUUCAGCGAGCGCUCCCCCUCAUUCUAAUCAUCCCACUCCUCGUCCCAAUGCUCAUGGAAGCGCGGGUCGGAGGAAGAAUAACUGGCAGCAGUAUACAAACAAUGCGAAUGGUGGAGAGGCAAUUUUGCAGCCGACUCAUCGGCCUACUGGUGGUAAUGUGUCUGUGCCAGCUCCUAGGCGGCCAGUACACAACAAUGGCAAGCAGCCUCUAUCUCCGAGUACUCCGGAAAAAUCCCAGGCUGAUAUUGCCCGGCAACCAGCAAUGACAUUUCAAUUUGGCAGCUUCAGUCCCGGAGGGUUGGGGCCUAAUGGCGGCGUGCAGAUUCCAGCUCGUACAACAUCGGCUCCUCCAAACCUUGACGAGCAGAAGCGAGAGCAAGCGCAGUAUGAAGCUUCUCGCGCUGGCAAGCUUUUGCCACCCGUUGUUUUGGAUCAUGCACCGCUUCCCCCUACACAACCUGUUCGGCCUGCACACAUGCCAAUUCCGAUGCAAGUUGUCAGCUCUCAACCUCAGAACACGAUUCAGCAGCCUUUACAGCAGCCGGUUCUCCAACACAACCACAAUUUAGUUCAGCCGCCGGCCUUCACACCCGGAGCUAAGUUUCAACCGUCUCCAGUGAUGGGUUCUCAAGUUGGAACCUCGAUCGUGCCUCAGCAAAUGAUGGGACAUCAUGGUCAGUCAUUUCCGUUUGUGCAGCGGGCUAGCAGGGCGUUGAAGAUUGUCAAUCCGGAAACGCAAGAAGAGGUGUUGCCUGCGUCAGUUUUACCAAGGGGGCCGCCAAUCAGACCAAUGAACUUUACCGGGCCGUCGCCGUCGGUGGGUAUGAAUCACUACUCAACGCCACUAUCAACGACAGGCCCGCCGUUUUUCCCUCUGAAUAUGGGGGAUUCUCAGAGGGGUUAUGGUCCUCCUGGAGCAUCUUUUAUCCCCCGUGGCACGCAAGUUGCGACUCCGGCAGUGCCACCCACAGAUUCUCAUGUCGACACUACAGUUACACCAUCUGAGCUUUUAGAUAGUGCACGGGCGGAGGCUGGUACGGAGGCUGUUGUCGACAGUACUGCGGUUACAGAGACGCUCAUAGAAGAGACUACUACCACCACAACCGUAGCAGUGGAUGUUCCACAGGAAAGUGCCGACCAAAUCGUUGAGUCCGGGGCAACAGUUUCUGAAGGUAGCGUAGAGGUUGGUGCACCUCCAACGCCGGAAAGUAGCACAGUGCAGGAGAUAGAGCAGUCGGUUGGAAGUGUCGAUGCAGCUGCAGCUGGUUCUCAAAAGGAUGGCGAUAAUGACGAAAAGCCGAUAGAGGUUGAGAAGCAUGCUGAAACUCCCCCGGUUGCGUUGGAAGUGGAACCACCUGCGGAAGCUGUCCCCAAGUUGGUAUCGGAGUCCGCUUCACAUUCUACUGAGGUGGUCGUCGAAGUGAAACAAGGAAGUAAGAAGAAAAACAAGAAAAAGAUUCUUGCUAAAGCUGACGCUGCGGGAUCAAAUGCCGACCUGUACAACGCUUACAAGGCUCCCGACGAGAAGAAGGAUGAGCUCGUGGUACCGGCAGAGCAACAGGAAGUGGAAGUCAAAGCUGAAAAGAAGCCUUCAGUAGAAGUGGAGCCUCCGAAAGAGUUGGAUGAUUGGGAAGAUGCUGCCGACUUGCCGACUCCGGCACCCAAGCCGGACGACAAUACUCAGCUUUCGACACAGAAGAGAUACAGUAGGGACUUUCUGCUGACGCAAAGGGAACACAACGUGAGCUUGCCACCAGAUUUUGAAGUUAGGCCGGAUAUAGAGGUUAUUUUGGUCCCGCCAGUAGAUAUGGGACUCCGGGGAGUUCCGCGACGACCAGCAGACGAGGACAGGUGGAUUAAGCAGCCUAUAACUCCAUCGGGACGGGCACAGGACAUUCGAGUUGAUGGAUUCAGACCGGGUAACACUUCAGCAGGGAUGAGGUUUCCGCCACCAAUGCUUCCCAACAUGCCGCCUCACAUUGUUCCGGGACGUGGUGUUGAUUCUCUCAGCUGGAUUCAUCCUCAGAAGGGUCUCAUUCCAUCUCCUACGCCUUUGCCUGCAAUGCACAAGGCAGAGAAGCGUUAUGAGAUUGGUAAAGUUUCUGACGAAGAAGACGCCAAGCAAAGGCAGGUGAAGGGCAUCCUUAAUAAGCUCACGCCUCAAAACUUCGAGAAGCUGUUUGCUCAAGUUCAGGACCUGGGGAUUGAGACCGCAGCUACGCUUUAUGGCGUGAUAUCUCAGAUUUUCGACAAAGCCAUCAUGGAGCCAACGUUUUGUGAGACGUACGCACGUUUUUGUGUCCAGUUGUCGGUUGCCUUGCCCGAGUUUACUGAGGAUGGGGAGAAAGUUACUUUCAAGCGGGUUCUUCUGAACAAGUGCCAGGAAGAGUUUGAGCGUGGUAAGAGAGAAGAGGAAGAAGCUGGCAAGACUGAGGAAGAUGGUAUCGCCAUCACCCCGGAAGAACGUGAGAUCAAGCGCGUGAAGGCCCGCAGACGAAUGCUGGGAAACAUCCGUUUUAUCGGCGAGCUGUACAAGGAGAGCAUGCUAACGGAGCGGAUCAUGCAUCAGUGCAUCACGUCGCUCUUGGGAGAAUACCAGAGUCCUGACGAGGAGAAUAUAGAAGCACUCUGCAAGCUCAUGACAACCAUCGGUUCGCUUAUCGAUCACAGCAAGGCAAAGGCUCAUAUAGAUGCUUACUUCGAGAGGAUUUUGGACCUCUCCAACAACCCGAAGCUUCCGUCUAGACUGAGAUUUGGUUUGAAGGACGUUAUCGACCUUAGAAACAAUGACUGGCAGCAGCGAAGAAAGGUUGAGGGUCCCAAGAAGAUUGAGGAGGUGCACAGGGACGCUCAACAGGAGCGGCUUGCCCACACUAGCCGAGACAGAUUUUCUCGCGGUAUGAGCAUGAGGCGUGUACCACCAUCUCCCGGAGCUAUGUCACCGAUGGGUCGAGGAGGAAUGCCAGGUCGUUACAUGCAGGAUGUUCGAAAAGAAGAUCAGUUUUUUAUGGAUAGCAGGCCAAUGCCGAUGCCGAUGCCGCAGAGGUCAGAGGAGUUUACGUUUGUUCCUCAAGGAGGACUUGGAAGGGGUCCAAUGCGUGGUGCUCCCGGGCCCUCUGCACGGAGUGCUUUAGGCGACGUGCCACCUAAGAUGCAAGUGGAUUUUCGACGUCCUGGUACUGCACCAAGUAUGAACAGGGAACCUUACAUAAGCAGGGAUGAGUUCUCGAGGGGUGGUACUGGUUUUGGGGCUGGCGAAAGGCCUAUAUUGGAGAGGCCUAUGUCAGCUGCCCCGGGUGUGAAGGAGUAUCGUGGUUUGGAACGAUCUGCUAGUGAUCGGCUGGCAGCUUAUUCCACAAUAGAAAGGCCAUCGACUCCGCCUACACCUGCACCACAAGUCUCUCAGCCCCCAGCACUGACAGAAGAGCAGCUGAGAAAGAAAAGUACUCUGGCCAUUGAAGAGUACUACAGCAUAAGGGAUGUGAAGGAAGCAGUUCAGUGCGUUGAGGAACUCGGAAGGCCUGACUAUCACGCGAAAAUGGUUUCGCAGUGGAUAUUGGAAUCUUUCGAGAGAAAGGACGUUGAACGGGACCUAAUGGCGACGCUCAUCAAGCAUCUACGAUCGCAGAGCCCUGCGCUACUAACUUACGAUCAAAUGAGAGAAGGGAUAGCGUCUGUUCUUUCUGUGUUUGAAGACACAGUGGUGGACGUUCCGAAAGCCGCUGACUACCUAGGAAGCGUUGUCGGGAAGCUUGUUGCGGAGGAUGUGUUUCCAUUAAUUCAAGUCGAAAAACUGGUAAAAGAGGGUGGGGCGGAGAAGGAUAGUUUACUGCUGAGUACCGACGCAUUGGAGAUUUUUGGUGCUGUCUUGGACACUAUUCGCAAGGAGAAGAACGAGGAAGAAAUGCUACGAUUGUACAAGGCUGCCGGAGUUAACAUUCAAGAUUUUGUCCUAAAUCCUAGACCUGGACAAGUCGAGGCGUUUUUGAGAAAAAAGAAUCUUCUCUGUCUGGACCCUGUUCUCCCUGUCGAGGGUUAUUUGAAGGAUGCAUUCGCAAACAAUGUGUCCGUUCCCGAAGUUUUGAAAUGGCUGGAGACAAACGCUUCCUCUUUGUUUACAAAUGCUGGGUUUCUACGCAUGUUGAUGACUGAGGUUUUAAACCAGACGGUCCAUCCUGUGCCCUCUGAAGACUACGAGGCUUCUCUCAAACGCACACGGAAGUACUCGGACCUUUUGAAAAGAGUUACUGCUGCAAAUGCCAAAGCUGCCGGCGCAAGUCAAGGACAAUACAUAGUAGCCGUGCAACAAUUUGCUCAUCAUCAUGGCCAUCCUAGCGGCUUAAUGACAGCUUUGUUCAACAGUUUUUACACGGACGAGGUUAUCUCGGAGAAUGCUUUUUUCAAGUGGCAGGACGACGUCAAAGACCCGACCCCUGGAAGAGAACAGGCGAUUCGCGAAGUUGGAAAGUGGCUUUGCUGGCUUCACGAGGCCCCGGAAGAAGACAACUAGCUCGCACCAUCAAACAAGCGCUGGCGUUUUCUAAUUAGGAGGACUUCCCAUGUUGCGGGACUUUGUACAGAUUCGAAAGAGGCCAAUAGGUACAAUUUAUCCGGAGAACUAAUGGCA